GAUAGGCACCAAGGGUGUUUCUUUAUUGUCAAGAAGGGUGUAAGUGACGCACAAAUAUGUAUGCGUACACAAAUGUGUACGCAUGCGUCUUCGACAAAGGCUAUAUAUAACAUGCCCAGAGCAUUGGUGAUAAUAAAGGCGCUUUAUUUGGUAAUACAGUAUUCAAGGCAAUUCAUGUUAAGUGUAUCUAUCGUAAAGUAUUAAGCUCUAUAUUCACUUAUUGCAAUCGGCUAGCUUUCAUUUUCAAUUUAAAGAGCAUGCGGUAAUUACAAAAUUCAAGUCAGCCUGUACGCAAAAUGUACCCAGUAAGUGCGAACUUGGUGAGCGAAUCAAGUUUUUAAGAUAUUCCUUCUAAAAGAGCUUGCAUGACGUUCUCCUUUCUAUUUUUCGAGAAAAGCUUUUAGGUGCAUAUAUGUGGAACACCAGUGCAUUAUGCAACACUAUUCAGGUGUAUAUUUUGCGAGGCUGGUGCCGCUGACAGCAUUGCUGAACUUCACAUAUUGUCUCGCUUCAAUAUUGAAAUAACAAUAUGCCCUAUCAAAAUAUUAAUGAAAAUGUAGUUUUAUGGAUAUCAGUCCUCGUAAAAUAUACGUUCUAACAUUGAUAAAAAGUUAUGACACAACUCAUUAUUUACCCGUUCAUUACAUGCACCAACCACCCCAAAUUGCACUACACUAGACAGAUUGCAGUGCACUGCAUUGCAACACAGGGGCACUGGGGUUUGCCAUCCCCAGUAGGAAAUCGGACGCUUGUCUGGUUGACCUGCUUGCCUUUCCUCUCUUUGCUUUUUCUAUCUCUUUGAACAAACUGCACUACCUUGUCGAAGAGGAAGCGUUAUCCUCUUUCAGAGUUAAAUUAUUUGUCGAGCAAUAAUUUUACAUUCCAGCAACUACAGCAUAAACUGGAAAACGAAACCGAAUCUGAUUUGUUCUCCGUGCUCACAGAGCGCGGCACCAGGUGGCACCGUGCGCUGCGCCUCCGGUCUCGAAGGAUCUAACAAGUGGUUGAUGCAGCUGCGAAUGUGUAGUCAGUCGGCUUUUAUCGUUUUAUGUUGUGCAGAUUGUUAGUUCACCGUAAAUAUGUCUUGAUUUGUACUCAAGAGUGGAGCAAGGCCCCUAGGAACAGAGAUUGACGCAACGGGAGCGAAGAACAGAAGCGAUGGAUGGUUACGCUGGUUGACUCUCGGCAUGUUCAAAAUGGCGAAGUUCCGAAUUUGUCGCUGUGUGACGUGCGCGUGUGUGCUCGUCAUGUGCCGUCAUAGCGCGGGGAUAUUUGUGCUGAAUGUGUUUCACUUCGUCUACAAAACUCUGCACGCAAUGGCAUCGAAGAAGUCGUGUGUUCAGGUGCACGUAUGUGCAUGCUUGGAUGCGGAAAGCCUGCCCUCAACGGUAGCGCUGAGCUCAGCCGUGUUGGCUCAGCGCUACCCCCUCAACGGAUGUUCAACAGUCUACAUGCUCGUAACUUGCUCACGAGACCUCCUUGCUGUUGCAACUCUGAGGAUAAUUGCUUCAAAUGGGAAGGAACAACCAGCAGUGGCAGCGCUAUUUGUACAUGAGGACGACGAGAGGGUUCCACUCACCCCCUGUGUGGUGUAUUCUGGCCACAACCUGGAACAGGCAGAGUUUCUCCACCUCUGUGUCGACAAGGAGCGGCUGUUCAUGGUCAAAAAUGCGGAGGAAGGGGUCAUCGCAAUCAUGAGUGCAUUUUUUGUAUUGAACAUAGUAUAUGGGCCUAAAUACUUCAACACCAGUGCAGUACUGGAACGAUUGUUUUUUGGUUUGAAUGUAACAAUGCCAAGUGGUUGUUACAAAGUUUGUGAACAGAGUUGUGCAGGCAAUGCGACACCGAGGUUCAUGUACAUUACCAUAUGAAUGCUAGCCUGACAAUUUUGUGCAAUAGCUUGAGCAAUUGUUUUGUGCAAUUUUUAAUGUAUCAUUUUCUUUGUUUUUGAUCACGAUAAUAGCAUGAUCCAGUAACUUCUUCCGCUGCUUGUGCCAACCACCUAUAGACUGCACCUUUUUUUGUUCUGAUGACUUGACAGACAAUGUAAUAGUGCCCAAGUGUAGGUCAGCGAAAAACAAACGUGGUGUGCUGUAGUCUGCAAGCAUUUAUCGGAAACGUUGCUGGGUGUUGCUAUGUGCUGAAAGGAAGGUUACAAUAUGUCUAGUUCUAAUGAGGUCUGCCUUAAUAUUAAUGUGUGUGAAACAAUUGUCAGCAGUUUUAUACAAAGGUUAUAGCUUGCUUGCUCUUCCUUAACAUAGUUUGUUUAUGAAACCUAUUUGCCAGCCAGGGAACAAUGUCCCAGCUUAUAAGUACUGCAUGAUACAACUGUUAACGUUUGUAUUCCCUUAUAGGGCACAUCAACACUGGCAGCCAGUGCUCAACUUUUCGUAACAUGCUGCUUGGUCAAUAUUUUAUAUUUUGCGCAUGUGUUGCAUAGUGUAACCUACCCAAUACAAGUGAAAGUUUUUGUGGUUUGACUGUCCUUUUAUGAACUAUGUUUUUUGUCUAUUAUGUAUAACUUAGCAGCUGAGGCCUGACAUACUAGUCAAAACGCAACAGAGUAUCCAAUUUUUAUAAGGUUUUACAAGGUUUUUACAAGUUUUGGAUUGUAAAAAAUGUUGCGUGGAACAAAUAUCAGGCUGAAGUACUGUUACAUUGUCAUGAAUACCGGCAGCCUUUGCUUAACUUUUAUGAAUCUGCUGGCAGGCUGUAGUAUCUUUAGCUCGUUUAUUUUUUGUACAUGUGUUGCCAAUGCCUCAUCCGAGUGAAAGCUAGUCGCUUAUAUACUACAUAUACUGGUGUUUCUACAAAGAAUUUACGUGAUAUUUAAAAAUAGCCGUUCUGAAGUACAAGGACGGCUCGUUAGAAGACAUGCUGUCAGUGGUGCCUACCAUGGGUGGAUGGGUGAUAUCUGGUAAUUAGUUGCUGAUUAACAAUCUAAUAUAUCUUACUUUUAGUUUCAGCAGACUCAUUGUAACCAGGAAAUUAAAGCAAGCUCUCUGCACAAGACGUGAACUUUUGGAUCUGGAAAAAUACAAUUACCCGCAGAACUGUGGCGUGAUGAAUUUAGGCUGUCUGAGCACGCGAAACUUAAACUAAGAUGCUGCUGAAACUCAAGGCAACAUUUUGCUUACGUCGCCCAGCAGCGGGCUACCAGCACACUGCACUAAUCCCUAUUGCUGCCCACUGUUGGGUGAUGUGAGCAGAAGGCCCCUCGAAGGGCGCGUCUGUGCUCACUGUAGCCUCGGGUACAGUUUCGCGUGCUGUGAUAGCCAAAGUUCAUCGUGCUGCAGUUCGUGUGGGUAAUUGCAUUUUUUCCAGAUUCUAAAGUUUAUAUAAUUUCCCGAUUACGAUGAGUCCACUCAAACUAAAAAUAAAAUGUAUUUUAUUUUUGUUAUUUAGCAACUAAUUACCAUGUAUCACCCAUAACCUCGUGGUCGACACUGCUGGUGGCAUGUCUCCAAAGGAACCGUUGUUUUAUUUCAGAACAGUUGUUUUUACAUAUCAGCAAUGUGUUUGUAGAAACACCCUUACACAGUUGUGUGAUAUUACUGUUGAACAAAACUUAUUGUGUACUCAGAUGAAAUAUGCACAGAUGAAGAGCAGAUAUAUACGUGGUGUCACCUCUGUUAAUGUACUAUAGUUUUUUUGUGUGAAGGCCACCACACAAUUUUUUUUGCAAAUGGCUGCUCUGCUUUUACUCACUCGUACUCAGUAUACACGUAUAUUAUACCACAGAUAUACUGUGAUCCAUGUGAAUUACUGUGAUCAGUUGCAAACUAUAUAUUGUUAACUGCAGUGAUACUUUACAAAUAAUGUUUGUAUUUUAUUGGUUCUUGUAUGAAAUACAAUAAAGUUCAUUCACAUUUUCUUUUCAAAUUGUUACAUAUAGGUCUCAUAUAUAUGCUUCACCAUUUAGUUAAGCUUUGCAUUUUUGUACGAAUGCAGCAGUGACUUCUUUUGCAUGUCCAUGGAGUGAAGCAGAAUACAUAUUAGCCAGAGAUCUAAGACAUGCUAAAUGUGAUGUUUUUUUUUGUGUGUGUAUAGUGCAUGUGUACGAUACAUAUAACUUGUGUUUGAAUUGUAUAGCUUGAGCAGAUUUAAAAAAAAAGUGAUACAUCUCUGAUG